AUGGCAGAAACAGUGACAACUAUCAUCACAACAUAUACAAACGCCAAAGCGGAGACUUCUGCCACACAAACAGUGUCAACGUCACUCCUUACGGCCGAAGUGAUACCCUCUUCAGACAACACAACUGAGUUAAUCUUGAAUACAAUUAAAACACCCGUCGUGCAAUCGGACCCAGAAAAUCCAAUGUCGGCCGAGACACAUCCUUUGACAGCUGUUCUCUCUACGACGAGCAGCAGUCAGCUCACUGCGGAGCAGACUAUCAGCCAGCGUGAACCGAAUCCCAAUGAAUUGACGGGAAUGCUGGACCCUCGCAUGGCCGAGAAGGCAAAAAAGAUAGCAGCAAUCUGGAGAGAACACCGUCGGAUACGCGAAUCCAAUGGAAUGGUUGUAUCUGCUGAAUCGCGAGAUAAAUUACAGAAAAGAGUAUGUCUUCAUCAUCUGCAUGAUGAAGCUUGCCCUGCCUGGGCUAUGUGGAAAGACGUGCUAAACUCCUUGAAAGAUCAACAAGCGAAAGCAAAGGCAGAUGGGAACAAAAAUAUUGGGGGACAGCGUGAGUUACUGACAAAACUGGGUGCGCACAUAGAAAAGGGAACAUCAGUACAGAAUCACCUCUGGUUGGUAUUGGAUACUGAGCACUGGUUGGAACUAUUCGAUAGGAAGCACAGAUACGGCUCAAAUCUGAAGGUAUACCACGACGAGUGGCUUAAUUCAAAUACUAAAGAGAACUUUUUCCAAUGGCUGGACGAAGGCUCCGGGAAAACGCUCGAUCUUAAAGAAAGACAACGUUAUAUAUUAGAAAGCCAGAAUGUAAAAUAUCUAACAGAUGAAGAGCGUGAACACUAUGAAGUUAUAAUACAAGAUGGUCUCUUCGUGUACAAACAUUCAGGUCAACUUGUCCACACUAAUCCGAGCCUUCGUAAGCAAUGCGAUGCAGCCAGCUUUACGUCCUCGUUAAACGGAUCAAGUCGGUCACCCUCGCCAAGUUCACAAAUACCACCUGGUGCUGUCGACGAUUGUGUGACAGCUCAUGAGGAAUCUAAACCUAUAGAUACCACAGAUUUCCUUUAUCCUUCAAGUCCUAUAGGUAGAUCUGACAACGAAGAAGACGAGAAAUGGAUAUAUGUAACGGAUUGUAGAAACCGCCUCUACAUUGGAAAAAAAACGAAAGGUCACUUCCAUCAUUCUUCUUUCCUUGCAGGUGGGGCCAUUCGCGCUGCUGGUGGGAUCCAAAUACGUAACGGCAAACUCGAAGAGCUUACUCCCAAAAGCGGACACUAUAAACCCGCCCAGCAACAUUUCAGUGCACUUGUAAACCGAAUUCGUGAGCAGGGUAUCAAUCUUGAAGAUGUCAAAGUACUAUGGCCGAGCAAGAAAUUGGAACAGAGGUUGGUAGCUAGAUACGAAUGCAGAAGAGUUACCUCUUGGAAGAAGAUUUUUGAAGUACCGGAUCAUCCGCCCAGCAUAAGAGAUGAGUCACAAAUAUCAAACGACUCGGAUUUAAAAAAGGAAGACGAGACUAGAACGAAUCUAAAAUCGAGUUCUAGAGAGGUUAACGAUGGGUGCCAAAGGAAUCAAAGAACGCAUUUUAAGCUCCUCAGACGUUUUGUUAAGCUACUAACCGGCGGUGCAACACCUACACAAAGUGGCGAUCAACCAGCAUCCCCGCGAAGGAGCAGAUUUAGAAACGUCCGUGUAUUCCGUUUCCGAGAUAGAAACGACGGCGGUGGUAGAAAAGAACGAUCCUCAACAGAUCCAUCUCCCAAAAAAGAUCAUUCUUGGAAGCUAUUACAAAUCGCAGGACGAAUGUUUGGAUCAUCCAGUAGUUUGAGGCAAGACAGAGGCGACAGACCAGAUGAUGUGACGACGAUGCCAACACCACGGGUUGUUAUAUCAUCAUGA